AUGUUUCCUGUUGGCCAAGGGAAGUAUGAAAACUUGGUUACCGAAGAUGACCACUCACAUACGGAUCCUAACGUAAGAGUCAGUACUGCUUAUAGUAAGCGAGGAGCAUGGGAUCAUAUACAGAAUUUGGAUCAGUUCUUCUCGGAUAUUUAUAAAUACCAUCAGUGUGGGGGAUUCACUGUGAUUCUCCUUACACAAAUUCUCUGGUUGAUUAAAUUUGCAUUUGUCAUUUUUAUUACAAUUGAGCUAUCUGUAUGCACAAGAUGGAGUUAUUUAACUAAUAGUAGUCUUUCGGUUGAAAACUGGACUGAUGUCUUCCAACCACCAAACCAGUGCUGGGCUUCCCUGCCGUUUUCCGCAUCACUUUUAGUUGUGGGCGCUGUGAUUACAAUAUUAGUGCAAAUCACAUUUGUCGGGAUUCAACUAAGUAGAUUUUGGGAAAUUCGUCGGUUCUGUACUAAUAUAUUGGAUAUGCCUACAAGUGAUGUUGGAUUGUCUGAUUUAACAUGGUCUGAAGUCCAACAAAGGUUGCUUCAAUCACAACGGGACUUUCAGUUCUGUGUAUACAAGGUGAAUUUAGAUGAGUUGGAUAUAUAUAAUCGUAUUCUUCGACAUAAAAACUACUUGAUCGCAAUGAUCAAUCAAGAUAUUAUUCCUAUCAGGUUUCGGAUGUCGUCUAAUAUACUUCCGCAAAUUGUUUAUCUACCCGAUGGCUACCUGUUCAAUUUGAAACUUAUCUUGUUUUGGACACCUUGGUCACCUUUCCAUAAUUAUUGGCAACUGAGAGCCGAUUAUAAAUGGGUUACUAAACGUCAUGAACUGGCUGUCGAAUUAGCUGCUCGUGUGCGUAUUCUUGGUUUCAUAAAUAUCUUAAUGGCUCCUGUUAUAUUUAUCGCUCAACUAGUCGCAUUUAUAUGUGCUAAUGCAGAGCGUUUUCGAUAUCAACCCUCAACACUGUUUGGACGUCGCUGGUCUAAUUAUGCUCGCCUGUAUCUACGACACUUCAACGAACUUCAACAUGAAUUCGGAACACGCCUGAAGCAAGCAUAUAUCCCAGCUUCUCGAUAUCUUGAUAGUUUUGUAUCACAACCACUUACAGUCUUAGCGGAAACAGGGGCUUUUAUUUUUGGCGGCGCCUCAGUAGCCUUUUUUACUGCUGGCCUCAUACGCGAACAAAUGAUGCAUUUACCAGGUUACUUGGCUAUCCUGGUUGGUGGUGGUUUACUGGCUAGAUCAUGUCUAUCGUUAAUUCCAGACGAAAAUAUGGUUUAUUGUCCACGUAAUUUAUUAGUGUCAACCUUAAUGCGUAUUCAUUAUAUGCCAGACCACUGGAAAGAACAAGCUGGUACAUAUCAAGUCAGAUCAGAAUUUUCACAAUUGUUUCAGUAUCGCAUGGUUGGUCUUUUGGAAGAGCUACUCUCACCUAUUAUUACACCUCUAAUUCUUAUAUUUGUCCUUCCCAACCAUACUCUUGAAAUCGUUGAUUUCCUCCGGAAUUAUACAGUUGAAGUUCCAGGUGUUGGAGAUGUUUGCAGCUUUGCACAACUGGAUAUACGCCGUCAUGGUGACCCUAUGUGGCAACCGAAUGUAGAGAGCAGUAGUGAUGAUCAAAGUGCAACUGAUAAUGAUGAACAUACAAGCGAAGUUCACUCAUGUUCAAAGAAGAUGACUAAACAUAGUAAGCGGGUGGCGAAGGCCACUCCUACUUACGACCAAUCUACCGUGACUCCUAACAGACAAAAUGAUACUACUGUAGAAGGUAAUUAUGCUAGUUCAAUUCAUCAUAGCGCUGCUGGUGGUAAAAUCGAACUUAGUCUAAUGCACUUCCAUCUUACUAAUCCAUCUUGGAAACUUCCACCAGAUGGUUUAGCUUAUCUGAAAUCAGUCAGAAAUCAAGCUUUAUUAGAUUUACAACAGCAGCAACAGUUAGCACAAUUCCAAGAUAACUAUAAGAAUGAUAUCCAAGCUGAUGGAACUACUUCACAACCAACACCAGGGAUGUUUUCAACUCUAUAUGGUGCACAGACUAGCAUGAUGACAAGUAUAUACCAGAGUACUCACCAACAACUUUCUAAUGCUUGUACAGAAAGUUCGAGUCUUCUGAAGAAUGUUUCUCAUUUACCAGGUUCUGGAUUAAGGUCCGAAAAUACCUACGGUGUUGUAGGAGCUAUGGUCGAGUCAAUGAGAAGUUCAGGCACUCAACCAAUGCAUCGUUCUGAUCCAAAUGUUGCCGAAUCCCAGACGUUAGAACCUGUUUUAGGAAAAACUCCCCGUGGUGACUGUGACACACACAAAUUACCAACCUGUGUAAGUAAUAGUGCUACAAAACUUGCUUCACAAACUAAUGCUGCACCAUUGAAAUCCAAUUCAGAAUUGACUGGAUCUCAGCUCAGUCCUGCUGUAUUUCAUUGUUCUAUGCUUGAUGGACCUACACCUAUAACAAUGAGCUUGAUGGCAGCGUCUGCCCUGCAUUCUGCCGAUACUCUAGGUCUUCCUUUUUACCAACCUUAUAAUUCACAAAUUGAAGAUGGUUUGAGUCAACAUACGGGCUUUAAUAACAGCCUUAUUGGAAGCGUAGGUGGCCGUCGCUGCGCCAUAACGGAAGUGCUAACAGCAGAUAUGUCAGUCAGCGCCCUUUAUAUUCAUGAACUUUUUCACAGAAGAAGACAGCAGCGACAGCAUCACGAUUCCAGUCGUGGUUACAGUUCGCAACGUGGUAUGGCAGGUAGCACUCCUGGCGUUGUUGCUGGAGACGAUGUAACUUUUAACUCCACGCAAUUUCCGAUUUCAUCAGGUAUAGGCGUUUUUCCCACAUCUGGAUAUUUACCUGGAUAUCAACUACCACAUACUUCUUUUGCACCCAUUACUUCUACUGGCAAUUUAGUUUCGCUAUCAGGAGCGAGAAGCAAUAUGGAACGUGGCACAUUUGCUGCGUCUAGUGAGCCCGGUAUCAUCCGAACUCCUUCGGAUGGACGAAGAAUACCUUCGGCGCACUUCAGUGAAGUUGCAGAAGAGGACGAUGAAAAUAUUGGAACUCCUAGGCAGCGGAUAGACAUAAAUUUCUCUGCCUAUCUACCAGGAAAUGAAUCACAUAUAAUACGUCAUCCAAGUGGGCAAACAAACACUGGUGGCAUCAUUACUCUUUCAGGUAGCCCGUCAGUAAGACCACAACAUGGUAUCCCAUACCAAAAUAUACAACAAACAAGUGACCCGAACCUAUGCUCAGUUCCUAAUAUUGACAGUGAUCCUGUAUGGCCCGAUCUGCCGCCAACUAACUGUUAA